AUGGCCAACAAGGCUGCUCCAACGUGUCGAGAACGACAGCAGCCAGCUGCCUCAUGUAGUGGGUAUCGAAGUUCGAAUCUCCUAAUUGUAUAUAGAACACAACUACUGUCAAUUUAUAGGAGCAUCACAGCAGUAAUUAUUUGGCCGACGUGGCGUCCCUGGUUAACCGCUUCGACUUUCAAAGCUGGGGAAACCUCCUCCAUCAGUCCAUCGGAGAUUUUUGGCGUUUUUUCAGAAGUUCUGGACUCCGACUUCAGGACCAGGCUCGGUCCACCGCCUCACAACGGACAAUUCCCGAUGCACCGUUCCGCCGCAUCCCCGUCACGGGCGACCAACCAGAUGCCCGGUCCGUCUGUGUACUCAAAGGUCGGUCUGCCCGGUCACGCUGCCGUUUCUCCCGUCGGCCGUCCGUCGUCGCAUCACCAUACUGCUACCCAUUCCCCUUCUUUAGAAUUGGGCAUUAAGGUUGCUGUCAAGCCAGAAUAUAAGAUCACUUCUCCGCCUCAUUUAUCACUGCAUGCUGGAGAUCUUCCAUGGAGUAACUUCCAAUUUGAUUUUGUAUCAGAAAGAAAAAUUUUGGCUGAAGCUGAGAAGGAUAGCCCAAAUUGGAGCAGUUUUGGGGUCGAAAAUUUUCCAACCUAAGGUGCUCAUUCAGCAUCACCAGUGAUUCCUGGUUCAACUCCCAUUGUGAGCAAAUAUAUUGCCUUGGGCCUGGGCUGAGAAGCUGUCCCCAUUGCCGUUUCAAAUUAUGGUGAUAAUCCAACGAAGGCAUGGGCUUGAUCCCUGCAUCUCUUUAUGGAUAUGUUCAAUGUUCAAACAGUAGCAUGACUGAAUGUUUCUGGAGAAUGGUGCACGAUAAUUGGUAAACAUCAAUUAUGAAAUCUAAUGGUUAUCUUGAACGAUAAUUGGUAGACAUCAUUACUUUCUUCCCUUAAUAUUCUUAGUUGUAGACAUAACAUGACUCUGAUGAUAGUUCCUUUGAGACUAGAGCGUCUCCUUCUUAACAUAUAGUUAAUCAUAUUACUCAAGUGAAAUGUUUCAGUGUCGAGUCUGUAACUUUGGCAUCAAGUUUUUUGAAUUUCCUUUGGUAGUGGCCUAAAAAUUCAAUACACUACAACCUCAA